CGGACACUUUUACGAGCAACUACUUCCGCUUUUGCUGUGCUACUCAGCUGAUGCUCCACAUUGCCUCAGAAGAUCGGAGUUAAUUGAAUAAAGUCACUAAAGUCGGAUUUUCGUGGAUCCCCCCCGUAGCCGUGAGUGAAAAAUGACCGACCGCUACAACAUCCACAGCCAGCUGGAACAUCUGCAGUCCAAGUACAUCGGCACGGGGCACGCGGACACCACCAAGUGGGAAUGGCUGGUGAACCAGCACAGAGACUCGUACUGCUCCUACAUGGGUCACUUCGACCUCCUCAAUUACUUCUCCGUCGCCGAAAACGAGAGCAAGGCUCGGGUUCGAUUCAACCUGAUGGAAAAGAUGCUGCAGCCCUGCGGACCGCCGGCCGACAAACCCGAUGACGCUUAGGGAGGCGCGCCGGGACUCGGACUUAUUUCGAUUCAAGUUUGAAUGAGUUUUUAUAGCCUGAAAAACCUUUUAUAUUUUGUUUUGUGUUGGAGACACAAGCUGAGUGUGAAUAAAAUAAAAAGUAAAGCUACAAAA